CCUCGAAGUGCGCACGUCACGUCUCAUCGCGUCCACUGCGCUUUUACGCCCGACAUGCACUUGCCAUAACGCCCUCGGGAUUUUAUUUGCACUGUUUUUGGAAUAUUUUAUCUAUUUCGGACCAAAUGAGAAGUUAAUUUGAGAAGAGAUCGGAGAGUCCACGUGAGGAUGGAGACGUUGCUUUACCUGUUGGUCCUCACGUUCGCCCGAGGGUGCUGGGGUCUGGGAUACACCGACACCGGAGUCCAAAGCUACCAAACUGGACAGCGUGCUGCGAGUCGCCACAGGAACUGGUGUGCGUAUGUGGUGACGCGGACUGUGAGCUGUGUGAUGGAGGACGGCGUAGAGACGUACAUCAAACCUGAUUACCAGCGGUGCACGUGGGGCCAGUGUCCCAGAGUGGCAUACCGAACAUACAGACGACCACGGUAUAAGGUGGCCUAUAAGAUGGUGACAGAGAUGGAGUGGAAAUGUUGCCAUGGUUACUCCGGAGAAGACUGUCAUGAGGGUCCACGGGUCCCCACGACGACGCACACAGGACGUCCCAGAGUCAGCCAAACGGGCUACAACCCUGGAGGAGGAGGAGGAGGAGGAGGAGGAGGGGCAGGAGGUGACAAUGAGAAGAUCCGGGUGCUGGAGGAGACCAUUCGAGGCUUGACCAAAGACCUCCACAACAUGCAGACCACUAUCAAUGGCAUCAACCAAAAACUUCCUGGUUUGACUGGGAGCAUAACCCCAUCUGACUCUGCACAGCCUCACAUGAAAGAAACCAUCAACAACAUCCAAAACAAACUGGACCACCUCUACAACAGGACAGAGGUGCAUGACCAGACUCUGCUGAACAUAAAUAACCACCUGGUGAACGGAGGGAACGAGCUGGAGGGCGGGGGCCGAGGGGGAGGCGUCACAGGGACUCAGCUGAACUCUAUGAAGGAGCAGAUCCUCACAGAGCUGGAGAGGAGGGUCACUCUGUCCUGCUCUGCCUGCCAGGCGGGAGUGGAGGACCUGAGGCGGCAGCAACAGGAGGACCGUGAGCGUAUACGGGCUUUGGAGAAACUGGUCAGCUCUUUGGACCAACAUGUCCGAACAAGUCUUGAGAUCAUCCGCUCUGAAUCUGGGCAUUCAAAAACCUGCUGCGACUCCCUCACUGAACUGGAGAAGAGGCUCACGGACACUGAAGCAACGGUCACCUCCACAUCCAACAAAUGUGACAUAAUCAAAGGGCGCCUGGACAAGGAGCUGGCAGGUGCAGGUGGUAGCGGGAAGGGUAAAGUUACAGAAGACAAGCUAAAUGGCAGAUUGAGGGAGUUGGAGAAAAGGUUGAACAAUACGAUGAGGAAAACAGAGCAAAGAUUUACAAAUACUGGUAACAAUUUGAAAGACACUGUUCAAAGAGAUGUGACCCAAUUACGUAAUCUAGUGCUUGGACGCUUGGAUGAUAAUAGCUUCAAAAUUGGAAAAGUUGAGCUAGAUGUUGCUGUUCUUGGAGAUACAGUCAGGGACCAUAGCAGGCGUUUGAACCAUCUCGAAAAUAUCACAUCAUACUUGGAUAAAAAGCUGAAAGAAACCACUAAACUGUGCAAUGAGACUUGUGCGAAGAAGACGAAGGACCACCACAAAACUGAAGACACUGUUAAGACUUUAGAAUGGAAAGUUAUUGCCAACCAGGAUGAAAUUAAAAAGUUCAACACAAGGUUAAACGAUUUAUCGAUUUCUGGAGAUUCGUUGGUUGACAAAGUAAUCGUUUUAACCAAUGACGUGAAGAAAAUCAAAGGUAUUACAGGAGACAACGGUGAGCGCUUCAAUCAGAUAGUGACUGAAGUUGAAGUUUUAGGAAGAGACAUUGAAGAUUGCUCAGUUUGUAGCCGGGUAGAAGAUGAUUUAAGGAAAUUUAGCAACACCACAAUGACAAGUCUAAACAAAUGUCAAACAGAACUGACCGAUUUGAGACGAAAAGUGGACAAUGAAGAAUCCACAUGCUCCCAAGUGUGUUCAAAUCUCCAGGAGGAAGUAGGGCGUCUGAGAGAGGAGGUGGAGGAGUGUACCGGACAAUGUAAAGUCAACAUCAAUGAUCUGAAAAACCGACUGGAUGGACACAACAGUCAAAAUGGGAAACUGGGAGGAGAUCUGAAGUCCAUACAGGGAGAACUGGACAGAGUCAAAAACAUAUUCAGCUCCUUCAAUGAUACGCUGAAGGGUCUGGGUAGAACUGUCAAGGGCCAUGGCAACACGCUAACUGAUCUAACCAGCAGCAAUCGCAACAUACUGACAGAGGUGGACCAGUUGGAAAAAGACCUGACACUCCACACUGAAGAUUCCAAGAUCCGGUUCGGGACCCUGGGAAAAGAGAUUGAAAUCCUGAAGCGGAAUUACCUGACAGAGGUGGGAGAGUGCAGACGCUCCAGUGAUGGCCUGGACCGCAGACUGUCCAAACUGGAGGGCGUCUGUGGGCGAUUCGACUCCUUUUCAGACACUCUGGAGAGAAUCAAGGAGGGUCUGAAUCGUCACGUGACCGGCCUUUGGAGCUGUGUGAAUGGACUGAAUGCCACAGUGAUCGGGCAAGGGGAGGUGAUCCACGAUAUCCGCGACAUUCAGCUGGAGAAGGUCCGAUCAAACAUCAACAAGCUUAACACCUCACUGCUCGACCUGGCCACGGAGUUCCAUGACUUUGUAAAACAAGAUUUCACUGGUCCUCAAGGUUUGCCAGGUCCGAGAGGAGAAAAGGGUGAACGUGGACUGCAGGGUGUGAUUGGACCCCAAGGCCGAAUGGGACCCCAAGGACGAGAGGGCAAACAGGGGCCAGUCGGACCUCCAGGACUCAGAGGGGAACAAGGUCUUCCAGGCACUGAUGCCCACGUGCCCCGCCUUUCCUUCUCUGCUGCUCUAACUCGACCAAUGAGAGGCGUUGGAACUAUCCCCUUCAAUGAAGUCUUUGUCAAUGAGGACAAUGUUUAUAACCCCAGAACAGGUUACUUCACAGCUCCAGUCCAAGGAAAGUACUUCUUCAGUAUUCUCACUGGUCACAAAAACAUGAAGAUUGAGGCAGUCCUGUCCAAAUCCAACACAGGCGUGGCGCGGGUGGACUCAGCUGGGUAUCAGCCCGAGGGUCUGGAGAAGCCCAUGGCAGAGGCCAAGCAUAUCCCCGGAGCUGUGGCUGUGUUCAACAUCAUCCUGGAUCUACAGGCUGGAGACACAGUGUGCAUAGACCUGGUGACCGGACGCCUGGGAUACUCCUCUGAACCCUUCACAGUGUUCAGUGGGAUGUUACUCUAUGAGACAAAGUGAAGGGGCGCUUUCUGUUACAGAAUUGCAGACGAUCAGCAGCAGAAAUAAAGUCAUCAAAAUAGUUAAAUAUCAGUAUCACAGUAAAUGAGGAGACAAGAUGACGAGACAGUAUGUAGAGGGGUUAAAACUGAAACAGAGACAAGAACUCUCAGAGCUACUGACUCUACAUGUCUAAGACUGAGCAAAUGAAGACUGAGUGAAGAUUGAAUGGAACAAGAGACUUAUUAUUGUACUGUAUUACUGUAUCUGCUCAAAGGCAGCACAAUAUGGCAUUUUACUCAAAGAGUCUUGACUCCUGUUUAAUCAAUGACAUAAGCUCCAUGCUCACUUUUGCAGUGCAAAACAGAGCGUGUCCAUUUUCAUAAACAAAAGGGCAACAGUCAGACUGAGGAGAAGACAAAGAACAAGCUUAUACACAGCUUCUCCAUUCAUAUGCUGCAUUUUCCAACACCAGCUGAAGUCUAGAGUGUAUUUGGCCGAUACUUAUUAGACUUUUCUUUACUUGUUUGUUGUUGUCAUUGUCGCAUUUCAAUGAUAAUAUAAUGAGAUUGCUGCAUUUGUUGGCACAUACUGUGUAUAUGUAUGUACCCUACAUUUCUUUGAUUGGGUGAGGUGACUUAAUACUAGUUUAGUGUGUGCCCCUUCCACAGGCAAGUGCAUUUUCAAACAGUUUUUUUCUGUGUGAUCUGGAGCUUUCCUGUGUUUAAGACUGUUACUGAAGACAGUUUUAUUUCUUCUUAUUUUCUAAAAAGCCACUUCAGUGUUAUAUAAAACUCCUACAUUAGAGUUCUAUAGAAGUUGUUCCAGAUGAAAGAUGAAAGCCGGUGGAGCUGAUAAAACUGUGGAUUGUUCCUUGUCUUGUGAGCUGGGUCCUCCCACAGCCUCUUUCAUUCACUCUUUUCCUGAGUUAGUUCUUUUUUCUUGUUACUUACAGUUUCACUUUGACCACAAUUCAAUUCCCAGAAACAUAACGCUCAAUGCCAAUUGUCUUGGAAAAAUGCAGUGUGAUUCAACAGUCCAGGGGAGGGACACAGGGCCAAACCACCAUUCUUAUGUGCACAAAUGAAGUCACUCCCUGCUCUGUCACAAACCACAACAUUUUAUAAAUCAUACAAUGGCAAAACAAAGAGCCUUUAGGCUAUUUUCAGAAAUACAGUGGGAGAAACUUUAAAAGAGGUUUAUGUAGAUUAUGCAUACAGCUACAGAAGAUAAAUGACAGCAAUAACAAAACAAGUAGUUGAACAAUGUUGGUAUUAUAUUUAAAAGUGCAAUGUAUAACAAUGUAUUGUGGAGGGUCCGCCAAAUGCUUGUUUCCAUGGAGAUAUCUUUGUUUUGACUUGAAUUUUCUACAGCACAGCAUUAAACAUAUCCAUUUCCAAAGAAGCAAGCAAGUAACACUACAAGGCCAGGUUACAGGUCAGAUCUGUGGAGAGGUGACCACGCUGACAAUGAGAAUGCAUGUUUUUUAUGUAUUUUUGAGCAAUAAAAUAGUUGUAAUUUACUUAACAUAAGACAGUUAAAUUUAAUGCUAUAUGGUGAAACAUUCCAGGCAAAGCAGUGACAUCUCCAUGGGGACAAAGGUGAUGGACCCUCUACCUGAAAAGUUGCAUCUUUAAACCUUUAAAUUACAUCAGCAAAGGGCUUGAUAAUGUAUUUCUUCUUUCUGCAAAACACAGGCUAUCCCAAUGUACUGAGAUGGCCUUCAGCAGUGCCCCCACCUGUGCUUACUUAUAGAAGAUAACUAUAAUGUUAUGAACAGACAUUAUAUACAUUCUCAUUAAAUCCCAAAGUUAUACGAGGGCAAAACAAAGAUCCAUUUUCAACUGUUUGAAGAAUCUUAGCAGGAGACAAUUUCUGGCCAGAGGGAAAAGUGGAUUGUCAGUGUCUCCUAAUAUGGUCCGAUGUAAAACCAGAAAGAUAAGAGUUUUAAAAUCUCUCAGCUGCUGCCUCGUACUGUGUAAUUUUGAUUAAACUAAACAAAUACUGAAGUUUAACUAAGCCUUGUUUCUACGACAUAAAUCCCACCUCUGUUAUGAAGAAGAUGAAGAAUUAUUUUGUUGUAGAUACUCUGAAAUUGAAAGAAAUAUAUGCUUUAUUAUUAUGAGUCACCAUCAGUACUUUUUCUAUUUUUACAUGAAUGAAUAUGACCGUUUUAAUGUAUAUUUAUAAGCAAGAAACAGCCACAUAAUGCGCUGGGAUGUAAUUUUGUAAGUUUCUAUGCAAGAUAUAACUUUGAAAGAUAAGAAUGUACAUAUUUUAUAGAUAUUUGUGUUACCACUUUAUCACCAAUUACAGGUACCUGCAGUGUUUUGUAUGUUUUUUUUUUUUUGUUUUGUUUUUUUCACAUGUGCCUGAAAUACAGAGUUUCACAGAAGUGGAGA